AUGACCAAGCAUCAUAUUGAGCAAAGAAAUUCCGAAAUAAAAGAUUCGACGGAGCAGCCAAACUUUCAAAUGGAGAACUCGGAUUCCAUAACUCUACAACCAACUAUCAGCUCUGAUAAUGCUCAAAAUAAUGAAUUUAAUUCUUCAAAUAAGCGGCGAGGAAUCGAAUAUUCAACUCUUUUCAUCAGCAACGAGGACACUGGCACAAAGGCUGGGGCUAGAUCAUUCGAAGAAUAG